GUGUGUUUUUGCGCGGGUUUUUGUGCCUUUCUGGUAUGCGCACCUGCUGGUUGCGCAAAUAUUUUUAGCGCGAUUUCCUGUUUGAGGUUCGUGGCGUGGGUUUACGCUGUGCUUGGUGGUGAUUUUUGCUUCAAUUAGUUCGUUUUGGAGUGAUGAAAGGUGGUGCUCUUGGUCUCUGUUUGAUAUAUUCCGGAAAGACCAUGUUAUAGACAUCAAAGAAGUGCUCUGUUGGCGCAGAGUGGUAUAGUCUUGUCUCCUGGAUGAUCCAACGGUGUGUCCUGACUGGCGAAAAGCCGACCCAAUUCGGAAAUCAUAUUUGUUAAUUGCACGACACAGAGCAGAGAAGCAAAACACAAGCGAUGAACAAAAGGAACUCAGCGUAUACAAACAACAACGCAAACCUCAUCGUAUUCCAUCAGGAUAGCUAAUAAAUGUUCAAGAAGAGGGGUCUCAAGGGCAACACCCGCUCUAAAGCUGUAAAACAUGACUCUGACUCAAGCGAAGAGGAAAAUGACCUUGUAGUGAGGAAGAAGACUAAAGUUGAAGAUAGCCAUGAUGAUGAUCAGCUGAAGGUCUCCAAAGCCUCUGAUACACAGGCCCCAACGCUUACGAGGAACGAAAUGGCUACAAAAGUUGACUUACUCAACCAGGAAAUCAUAGACAGAGAGAGGUCUGAAAAAGAGCAACCCCGUCAAGAGCAGGAUCACGCUGCGGACGAUGGCACAUACAAAGGGCAAAACGCCUACGCUAGCUUCCUUCCAGCUAAAUCCAGCAAGAUGGACAAGAUCGGUCCAAAGAAGGCUUCUUCAAAUAUAAGGUCUACAACGGUUUUCGAUUUCGCUAGAGAUGAGUGUAAAGAUUUCAAGGAAACAGGGUUCUGCGGUUAUGGAGAUAGCUGUAAAUUUGUCCAUGCCAGAGACGAUUUCAAGGCUGGGUGGAAAUUGAACAAGGAUUGGGAACUACUCACUCCGAAACAGGCAAAAAUAUUGGAUACUGUGCCGUUCAAGUGCCCAAUAUGUAAACAGUCAUACAAAUCACCCAUAAAGACCAAAUGUGGACACUAUUUCUGUGAAGCAUGUUUCUUAGCCCGUUGUAAAAAGACCACAAGCUGUUUAGUAUGUGGGGAAAACACAGAGAAAGUGGCAAUGCCAGCAAAGGACCUCAAGACUGUAAUAGACACUGCAAAUUGACGGUUUCAAUUAUUGCCUCUCACUUGUGAAUAUAACGUUAGAUCACUCUUAAUCAGCUCUGUAAUAUCCUUUGUAAUCGCAUUCAAUCUCUGGGGAUCAUGCUUGAAAUACCGUUUCAUUAUCGUUUCAUAACUCUCCAAAAAGGUGAGCUUGUUGAUAUACCUUUCCUCCCCGCUUGUUAUGGGUUCCCUUGGGGGCGUUAACCUAUCUACCCAAACGGCGUCAUAAGUGUUAUAACUGUUGUAAUACUGUUCAAGAAUUCUUGUCCAUGUCUUGAGGUCAGAGUCG